AUGCCCUCGGUGGUAGUCUUCGGCGCCUCCGGCUUUGUUGGUGCCCCAUACACCAGGGCCAUCAAGCAAGCGCACCCAGACUGGCAAGUGACUGCAUAUGUUCGCAGCACAAAGCCCGAAAGCGAGCUCACAGCGAACCUCAAGGCCGACCGCAUCGUCGUUGGGGACUUCAGUGAUUUUGCAAAAGUCGCCGCUCUUAGCACGGAACACGACAUAGCCGUGAACGCUGGCAGCUCUUUCACUGGUGAUCUGGUUGCGGCUAUCAUCGCUGGACAGAAAGUCAAGAACUGCGACGCUAAGGGUAAACUGAUUCAUAUCAGCGGCGGCGGCAAUUUUAUCGAUUUUGCUACCUCUGGCAACUUCAACCCCAAGAGCAAGGUCUGGAACGAUUCCAAGGAGGAAGACAUCAAGGCUAUCCACAAGGAUAUGUUCAAUGGGCAGUCUGACACCCUUGUGCUCGAGGCUGGCGCUGACAACGCUUUGGAUACUUACAUUGUCUGCCCUGCAAUUGUAUACGGAGGCGCUAGCAUAUCUUCGCCUACCAUGGGCAUUGGUUAUGCUCUUGUGACUGGCAACGCGAAGCCCCUGGGCUACGUUCCUUACGUUGGUGAUGGAACUGCCGUACUGAGUACCACCCAUCUCCUUGACUUAAUUGAUUUUCUCGUCAGAAUCUCUGAGGUUGCCGCUAGAGGUCCUGCUCAGGGCACGUCCUACAGUCGCUACUACAUGGUCGAGACCAGCAGAGUUCAGUGGAAAGAUAUGGCAACCGAACUUGCAAAGGUGAUGCACGCAAGAGGAAUCUUUUCGAGCUCUGAGCCGAAAAAUGUGUCCAUUGAUGAAGCAGGCGAUGGAGAAGUCAAGCAUCUUGUUGCUGCGAACAUGCUAAUGAAGGGCGACCGCGCUGCUGCUAUGGGCUUCAAACCCAGGCAGAACAGCAUUCUCGAGCAGAUGCAUGCUGAUCUAGAGACGGUCACUAUCUAG